AUGAACACUCAAGGGAAGUCGCUGAUCUUCAGUGGAGUUACGAGCUGGAGUUCAUUAUAUCACUUUACAAGUGAUAUUAGAGUGUCGAAGAGAAUACCAGAAACAUUGAUAGCACAAGUUGGAAAUUUGAAUACGAAGUCAGCGAGUUGGUACUAUUUAACGACGAAGACGUGCAAUAUCUUAUAUCAAUUUUUGCCGAUAGAAAACAAUGAUGUGACAUAUAUCUUGAUCUCGCCGAAUAAAGAGAAUGAAAAGGAAAUGAAAAGGAUGAUAGAACUGUCGAAAUUGUUGAUCUAUUUCAAUGGGUCAGACUCCACGAACGCGAUUGGGAUUCCAAGACGAAGAAAUACCCUUGAAAACUUCUUCCAAUUGUAUGACCGAACGCCUCUCUAUUUAUUGGUCCCUCCACAUAUUCCAAUGUUCCGGACUAUUGUCACAAAUUAUAUGAACUGUGACACUUUCCCCGAGUCUAUUAAACAAAUGAGCGGAUUUGGAAUCAUCGUGGGUGGGUUUUUUAGACCAUUUGUCACAUAUAAACAAACACCACUUUCAAGCGACGCGAAUACCGCGAUUGUGGUGUGGGCGAACACACUGAUCAAAACGUUUUUGGCCGAUAAUGAGAUUGGAGUGGACGAGUACGUCGAAAAUGUCACGGAAGAGAAACAAAAGACGUGUGGCAUCGAAUCGGAGCCAAUCACGUCCGACGACUGUAAUAAACAAUUUGUACCGAAUCCACAAACGAUGACGAUAUCAUCAUCGUUCUGUAAUAUGUCGUUGACUGUUCAAAAGAUCACUAACGACAUGUUGGUAGUUGGAUAUUCCCGUGUCGGUGAACCAAAUAUGAUUGAAUUCAAAGAUGUCUUAACACGAAUAUUCCCCAUUCUAAUGAUGUUCCGUAGAGAAUUAACAUACCCCGCUAUGACUAUGACAAGUCCACAAAAUUAUAGAACAGCGUUCCCGGGAAUGGUCCACUUCGUUGUCAUCGACUAUACUAAAGGGUGGACGUUCUACCCAGCUUUCGAUCCAAGCAAUUUAGAAGUGCUGGUGAGAAAGUUCAUCAUCGAUUGUAGAGCUCAAGAAGAUAGAAAGAUCUUUGUACAUGACGAGAAGUACAUCUUCGCGUAUGAAAUGACUUCACACUUCGACUCAAAGAAGGAACGUGUCGUGGACUACGAGGCAUUCGGAGUCUUUGUCCGGCUUAUGCCUUUCAAACUUGUCAACGAUUAUUUGGCCAGUGCUCUUCAGAAAUAUAGAGACCUUUAUAAGUAA